UGCUAGUUCAUUCCCCACCUCUAAACUCGUUCCUUAAGUUCUAUAGCCAUCUUAGUUUCAUCCACACCACUGCAACUUCAACCAGAAACCUAGGCUACUCCCUACCUACCAGCUUUACGUGCGAGGAUACAACACUACCGGGUUUGAUCGCCAUGCAUGUUCUUUGAGGGAUUCCUGUGCAAUGGAAGAUCUCAGGCUUCUCGUUCUUACAUAGGUUAGGAUCCGAGGACAGAUUAUUACUAAGAGACCAGAGGAGGUUGAUCGGGAGAUUGUACUCCAGUGACAACCAUGGCGCAACCUGAAACGAAGUGGUGCGUCACGUUUAUUUGUGUACUCAUCAUCAUGUUGAUGAUGAUGAUGAACUUUGUGGCGUGCAAUGAGAAAGAAGAAGGCGAGCUUCUAUUGUCGUUCAAGGCUUCCAUUAACGACCCACUUCACCAUCUCUCGAGCUGGGUCAAUUCCUCUUCCGCUAGUAUCUGCCACUGGAACGGUGUCACCUGCGACAGUAACUCCAACGUUCGAGCCAUAAACCUCUCCUCCAAAAACAUCUCCUCCAAUAAUAUAUCCUCAUUCUCCAUUUUUCAACUUCCACACCUUGAACACAUUGACCUCUCCGACAAUCAGCUCUCUGGGGGAAUCUCUUUCUCUCUCUCUUCGCUUGUCUAUCUCAAUCUUAGCAACAACAAUUUCACAGGUCCUGUCCCAUUGUCGUUUUCCCGCAUCCAAAUUCUGGAUCUCUCCAACAACAUGUUUUCCGGGGAGAUAUCCCAUCAAAUUGGAUCGCUUACGAGGCUGAGGUAUGUUGAUCUGGGAGGCAACGCUUUGGUGGGAAAGAUUCCUGAUUCCAUCACUAACAUGACAGGUUUAGAGUACUUGACCUUGGCUUCCAACCAGCUCGUGGGUGAAAUCCCUCCAAAAAUUGGCCUCAUGAAGAGCUUGAAGUGGAUAUAUUUCGGGUACAACAAUCUCUCGGGUGAGAUUCCACAGGGAAUCGGAGCAUUGACGAAUUUGAAUCAUCUUGAUCUUGUUUACAACAACCUCACGGGACACAUUCCCGACUCUCUGGGAAACCUCACUAAUCUCGAGUAUCUUUUUCUCUACCAAAACAAGCUGACAGGUCGAAUUCCACCAUCUGUUUUUGAGCUUAAAAAGCUUGUUUCGCUUGAUCUCAGUGACAAUUUUCUGGCUGGUGAGAUUCCGGAGCUCGUAAUUCAGCUUCAGAGAGUAGAGAUUCUACACCUUUUCUCCAACAACUUAACCGGUAGGAUUCCAACCGCUAUAACCUCUCUGCCUCGCCUCCAAGUUCUUCAGCUAUGGUCUAACGGAUUAACGGGUGAGAUUCCAGAAGAUUUGGGAAAGCAUAAUAACCUUACGGUUCUGGACCUUUCCACCAACAAACUUUCUGGGAAAAUCCCAGAUAGCUUAUGUCGCUCGGGCGCUCUUUCCAAGCUUAUCCUUUUCUCCAACUCUCUUCAAGGGGAAAUACCAAAUAGCUUAACCACUUGCACAAGCUUGCGCCGAGUUCGUCUCCAGAACAACAAGUUCUCCGGUGAAUUACCGUCCCGGCUAACUCAACUGUCACAGGUAUAUCUAUUGGACAUCUCCGGUAACCGACUCUCCGGCAGGAUUGAUGAUAGGCAGUGGAGUAUGCCGUCGCUUCAAAUGCUGAAUUUGGGUAACAACAACUUCUCCGGUGAGCUACCGACCACUUUUGGUAGUAAAAAAUUGGAGAAACUGGACUUAUCCGAAAAUGGAUUUUCUGGUUAUAUUCCACAUGGGUUUGGAGGCUUAUCGGAGCUGAUGCAAUUGAACCUGAGCAAUAACAACCUCUAUGGUGAUAUCCCACAAGAGCUCACUUUGUUCAGGAAGCUAGCUUUAGAUGUUAGCCACAAUCAACUCACUGGCCAAAUUCCGGCAAGUCUCGGCGACUUGCCGAUUCUGAGCUUUCUGGAUUUGUCGGAUAACCAAUUGUGGGGUCAAAUUCCAGAGAAUUUAGGCAGAGUGGAAUCUCUUGUGCAGGUGAACAUAUCCUACAACCAUUUUCAUGGACAUUUACCGGCCACUGGAGCUUUCCUUGCAAUUAAUGCCAGCGCGGUCACUGGCAACGACCUCUGUGGUGGUUCCGGCGACACUUCAAGGGGGUUGCCGCCUUGUAAAAAAAGCGAUAGGAAUCCAUGGUUUGUCCUACUGUGGUUUGUGGUCGGAUUUGCGGCGUUUGCAUUAGCAGCCUCUCUAGUUACUUGUUCUCGUCGAAGGAGGCAUUCGGAGCUUAAGAGAGUGGAAAGCGAAGAUGGUACCUGGGAGAUUCAGUUCUUCCAUUCCAAGUUUGCCAAAUUGAUCACAAUGGACGAUGUUUUGUCGUCAGCCAAAGCAGGAAAUGUGAUCUCUAAGGGAAGAACUGUUUCAUACGAAGGGAAGUGCAUGGCAAGUGGCAUGCAAUUCGAGGUGAAGGAAAUCAGGGACUUAAAUUCAGUUCCGUUGAGUUUCUGGGAAGACAUGGUGGAGCUGGGUAAGGAGCAGCAUCCAAACAUUUUUAAAUUGACGGGACUAUGUCGUUCGGGAAAAGGAGCAUUUUUGCUGUAUGAGGAUGCAGAAGGAAAGAGUUUAAGCCAAGUAGUGAGAAACUUGAGCUGGGAAAGGCGACGGAAAAUCGCCGUGGGGAUUGCAAAAGCACUGAAGUUUCUGCAUGCUCAAUGCUCGUCAGUUAUUUUUGUCGGUGAGAUGUCGCCGGAAAGCGUUUUCAUCGACGGCGACGACAUUCCACGCUUGAAGCUGAGCCCUCUGGCAUUGCCGAAGGGCUCCAUUUCUUCUCCCUACGUUGCCCCAGAAGCAAGGAAUGGGAAGGACGUGACAGAGAAGAGCGACGUAUAUGGAUUUGGUGUUAUUGUGAUAGAAUUGUUGACGGGAAGAAGUGCGGCGGAGGAGGAGGAGGGGGGCAUAGUGGAGUGGGCCCGAUAUUGCUAUUCGGAUUGUCAUUGGGAAACGUGGGUCGACCCGACAAUGAAGGGUGGGAAGCAGAACGACAUCGUAGAGACCAUGAACCUGGCGCUGCACUGCACCGCCAUGGAUCCCACAGCAAGGCCAUGCGCAAGCGACGUCUUCAAAGCCCUCUCUGCACACUCCGUGCUGUGUGUUUCCGCACUCCAACCAUGACCCAUCCUUCUCCGUCUCUUUCACUACUCUUUCUAUUUUUUAUUUGUUUCUCCCCGCCUGUAUUUUUGUUUUGCUCUAUAAUUAAGAUAGAUACGUUCAUUUAGUGAUGUUUGAUCUGAUCUGGGAUUUCUGCGUAUGUAUAUGUUUGACAUAUAUAUACUAGUGCCGAGUGUAUCAGUAAAUGUAAAUGAAUGAAUGCCGUUCCGUUGAUAUGAAAUUCACGAUCUCUAA